GAAGAUUUGCCCUCUACAACGGCCCCGCCCUGCCCGCUCCUCCUCCACAGGCCUGAGUGCAGAAUGCCGAGUUGAUUCGGGAAUCACGUCAGAGUCUCGCGGGUAGCGGGACUCGCGGCGCCACCCAGAGGCUACCUUGUCAAAAUGGCGCUUGCUCAGAAGCUGCCCAGGCUCUAGGAGUUGCCGAAACAGGUCCGGAAGCUACCGAGCGAGUCCGGAAGUUGCCGAAAGGGAGCAGCGGGGAAGGAGGAUGGCGGAUCUCAUCGCAAGACUUCGAGAGGACGGGAUCCAAAAGCGUGUGAUACAGGAGGGCCGAGGAGAGUUGCCGGAAUUUCAGGAUGGCACUAAGGCCACCUUCCACUUCCGGACGCUGCAUAGUGACCCGGAGGGCUCCGUCAUAGAUGACAGCCGAGCACGCGGCAAGCCCAUGGAGCUCAUCAUCGGCAAGAAGUUCAAGCUGCCUGUGUGGGAGACCAUCGUGCGUACCAUGCGUGAGGGGGAGACGGCCCAGUUCCUCUGCGAUGUCAAGCACACAGUCCUGUAUCCUCUGGUGGCCAAGAGCCUCCGCAACAUCGCUGAGGGCAAGGACCCCUUGGAGGGCCAGCGGCAUUGCUGUGGAAUUGCUCAAAUGCAUGAGCAUAGCUCCCUGGGUCAUGCGGACCUGGACGCCCUGCAGCAGAACCCUCAACCCCUCAUCUUCCACAUCGAGAUGCUGAAGGUGGAGAGCCCUGGCACCUACCAGCAGGACCCAUGGGCAAUGACAGAUGAGGAGAAAGCAAAGGCAGUACCACUCAUCCACCAAGAGGGCAACCGCUUAUACCGUGAGGGGCAGGUGAAGGAGGCUGCUGCCAAGUACUACGAUGCCAUUGCCUGCCUCAAGAACCUGCAGAUGAAGGAGCAGCCUGGAUCACCCGACUGGAUCCAGUUGGACUUGCAGAUCACACCACUGCUACUCAACUAUUGCCAGUGCAAGCUGGUGGCUCAGGAGUACUAUGAGGUGCUGGAUCACUGCUCCUCCAUCCUCAACAAGUAUGAUGACAAUGUCAAGGCUUACUUCAAGCGGGGUAAGGCCCAUGCUGCUGUGUGGAAUGCCCAGGAGGCCCAGGCUGACUUUGCCAAGGUGUUGGAGCUCGACCCUGCCCUGGCGCCUGUGGUAAGCAGAGAGCUGCGGGCCCUGGAGGCACGGAUCCGGCAGAAGGAUGAGGAGGACAAAGCCCGCUUCCGGGGCAUCUUUUCCCACUAACAGGACCUCAGUUCUGCCCUGCCCUGCCAAGCCCACUGCUGCCACCACCUGUCAAUCCCCCACUGCCACCUUGUGCUUCUGUGUAUAUAAAGGCCUUAUUUAUCUCUC